GAGGAGUAUGGGGGGUAUGACAGUGAUCGGUAUGUACAGGAGAGGAGUGGAGGGAGGUAUGACAGUGAUCGGUAUGUACAGGAGAGGAGUGUGGGGGGGUAUGACAGUGAUCGGUAUGUACAGGAGAGGAGUGUGGGAGGUAUGACAGUGAUCGGUAUGUACAGGAGAGGAGGAGUGGGGGGUAUGACAGUGAUCGGUAUGUACAGGAGAGGAGUGUGGGGAGGUAUGACAGUGAUCGGUAUGUACAGGAGAGGAUUGUGGAGGUAUGACAGUGAUCGGUAUGUACAGGAGAGGAGUGUGGAGGUAUGACAG